AUGCCUCCCACCCCGAAGGCCACGAUCGGGACGCCGGAUCCGGAUAAGCCAUUCAAGACCAUUGAGGUCCUCGACGCCCGGACCCUGCAGGUGAGCAAAGUUGCAUGCAUGUCCUGCAUCCGUGGACAUCGCACAACUUCCUGCGGCAUUCCGGUCUGUCGGAACAAAGUCUUUUGGACGGUGAAACGGCCAGGUCGUCCUUCUAAUGCAUGUAAUUGCCGAUAUGGCGCUGGCGGAGGUUGCAAAUGUGUAGUGGCCAAGGCACAAGCGUGUCCGCACAAGGCCGCGAAGGGCAAGGGUAGAGCAGAGAAGAGGGCAGGGGAGUGCCGGUGCGAUGAGCAGGGACGGUAUUGCUGCUUAAUUGAAGAAGGGGACUGGAAGGUCUUGAUGGCGUUAGGGAAGCCGAAGGUGGAGUUUCAUACUAAUCGAGAGGCGUUGGAGGCGAGGUUCACUGCCGCUGCUGGCACGCCUCUAUCGCCGCUGAGUCGGAUAGACUUUGUGCCUACGCCAUUCGACAGCAUACCUAGCACGCCUCUGCAGACUAUGGCCAGUCCGUAUACAGACUAUCAUUCUCCGCGAUCAGUGCUUGCGCCACGCUUUGGUAUGAUGGGCCUUGGUGCACCACAAGGUAGCGAGGAUGUUAUCACGCCGGAUGUCCUGGCAUGGGACGGUCUUGCGCCAGUAGCUCCUCGAGAACAAUCGCGUUCAUGCUGCAAAGGUCCUACAAGUCCACCACAGCAGCCUCUGACCUACGACAGCUUCUCACCACCACCUUCGCUCGCGAAUGGCCAACAGAUUCUCGGCUCCGCCUUCGACGCUACAUUCCCAACAACCACCACAAUCUCGUCACCCGACCCACCUUCUCAACCAGCCUUCACCUUCAGUAUGGGAGACUUCAUGGCGAGCUAUACCGCCUACCAGUUCCCGUCCGCCAUCUGCCAAACCUGUGGCCUCAACGGCUGCACAUGUCGAAACUGUCCUCCCGUCAUGCAAGAUACAACGACGGGAAGCUGGGCACAGUGCUGUGGGCGCAAGCACGCCAGGACCGCCGCUUACGUGCCUGCUGCGGUAGAACAUAUCUUCCAACAGUCGUCUGUGCAGCCAAAGAGCGCUGCUGCACCGGUCUCGAGGACAACGAGUACAACGCAUGCACAUCAGGAAAGACAUCUGGAUGGUGUGCCAGGGCAGUCCGUUUUUGCACUUUCGCCACCGCAACAACAGGUGCCAACCCGGCCAUCUCAGCAGAAACAGCCACAACUACUCCAAGAUCAGGCACAGAGACCUUACUACCAGGAACAGCUCUUCUCCGCCGCACACAACAACGCGCCCAUACCUGCUUACUCACCUCAAGCAUACAUCGAAUCACAUUCGCAAACACGGAUCCAACAAAAUCUGCCCCACGAAGCAUGGCCGGCGGACAUCCCAUCACACGACCCAUCGCUGUCCAUAGAUUUCAUGCCCUUCGACCCAGGCGAAGCUUUCGCCUUGCCGACUGAGAACGGCGAUGCACAUGGCGAUUUCUUUAACGAAUAUCUGAUGGCGGAUCUGGAACCUGGGCACGGAGAAACGCAGCUAGUGGCCGAGUCCAUUCCUGGACCGGAGGUGAUGAAGCAAGACAAGGAAGAAGAAGAAGAAGAAAAUGGUGGAGUUGAUGGGGGAUGCUGCUGUAGAGGCUGA